AUGUCUCCUUCCGCCGUCAAGGCCCAGGACGUCAACCUCACGGCCGCCGCCGUCGAGCGCAAGGAGGCCAUGGCCGCCGAGCAGACGCCCGCCGUCGCCCAGCUUGACGCUUCCCUGCUCACCUACACCUAUACCCAGAACCCCCGCGAGGUCCCGGAUGAGGCUGUCGCCAACGCCGGCAACGAGACCAUUGCCACCGACCACAUGGUCCUCGCCAACUGGUCCGCCGCCAAGGGCUGGUCCGCCCCCGAGCUCAAGCCGUAUGGACCCCUUAGCCUCAUGCCCACGGCAUCCUGCCUGCACUACGCCACCGAGUGCUUCGAGGGCCUCAAGGUCUUCCGCGGCUACGACGGCGGCCUGCGCGUCUUCCGCCCCGACCGCAACUGCGCCCGCAUGAACAUGUCUGCCAGCCGCAUCUCGCUUCCGACGUUCCCGCCUGCCGAGCUGGAGAAGUUGAUUCUCGCCCUCCUCGAAGUGGACGGUCCUCGCUGGCUGCCGCGCGACAAGCCCGGUAACUUUCUCUACCUGCGCCCGACCCUCAUCGGCACGCAGUCCCAGCUCGGCGUCCAGGCUCCGAAGGAGGCCAUGCUCUACAUCAUCGUCACCUACAUGCCGCGCAUGGACAGCCCCCCGGGCGGCAUGCGCCUGCACACGUCUCCCGAGGACAUGGUCCGCGCCUGGGUCGGCGGCUUCGGCUACGCCAAGGUCGGUGCCAACUACGGCCCCUCGCUGCUGGCGACUGCCGAUGCCCGCCGCCGUGGGUAUCACCAGAUUCUUUGGCUCUACGGCGCCGAUGGCGAGUGCACCGAGGCAGGCGCCUCCAACUUCUUCGUCCUCUGGAAGCGCAAGGACGGGAAGACGGAGCUUAUUACCGCGCCGCUCGACGAUAAGCUCAUCCUUGACGGUGUCACCCGCCGUUCGGCGGUCGAGCUUGCUCGCGAGCGCCUUGCUGGCGAGAUUGAGGUAACAGAGCGCAAAUACACCAUCGACGAGCUCCUCGAGGCCGACGCUGAGGGCCGCAUCCUCGAGUCUUUUGCUGCCGGCACCGCCUACUUCAUCUGCCCUGUCUCCCAGAUUCACCACCGUGGCCAGGACAUUAAUAUUCCCAUGGGACCCGAGGGCAAGGCUGGCGAGAUCACCACCAAGAUCAAGACAUGGAUUGGUGAUGUCAUGUACGGCAAUGUCUCCCAUGAGUGGGGUGUCGUCGUCAACGAGAAGGGUCAGUAA